AUGUAUCAUUUUAUCAACGAUUUACUCCCUCCGAGUGGAAUAGCAAGAAAUCUACAACUAUACUUCUACGACAACGAUAACGAGUUAGCUAACAGAAUGGCUUUCUCAGACAAAAUCCAUGAAUCAAUAGUCAAAAAACUAAUGAACAUACUGAGAAUUAAUCCAUAUUCUACUGUCUUAAAAUCCCUAAUAGAUGUUCCAAAUCUAUCGAACUACAAUAUUGCACUUAAAUCUGACUCAGGCUUGGAUCAACGUGUAUACAAUCUUCCUACUACAUCAGAAGUUGCAGGGAUAUGGGUUGAAAGAGAAAUCACCGAAGUUAGUUCUGCACCUCAUAUUCGAAUCUACACUCAUAGCAAUAGAUCUCAAAUAGUGAACUACUCUUACGGAUGUUAUGAUCCGCUACAGUAUCCACUAUUGUUUCCAUAUGGUCAAAGUGGAUGGCACUGUGGCAUUAAAAAAAUUAUACAACCAAAAGAUACUUCUAAACGUCGAGCCUAUUGUGAACACGAAGAAUUACCAAGUAUUAGAAAUAUGUGUUCUGUUGAUGGAUACCUUGACAUGGAAGCUCAAAAUCUUGAAAAAGAAAAACGAAAAAGAGAUAAUAUCUCUCUUCGUGAAUAUUACUGUUAUAAAUUCCAAAUGAGAGAAGAUGAAACAAAUGAAACUUUGCAUUCUGGAAGAUUAUUCCAACAAUAUUCAGUAGAUGAACACAUAAAACUUGAAACACAGAGAUUGGACUUUUUUUCAUUCAAUCCAGAUCUCUUUAGGAUAGAAAUGCUACAAGGACUCAUUGAUGUUUUAAGACUUGGAGAAAGAGACGCUUCAAAUAUAGGAAAGCAAACAUUCCUUCCUGUUACUUAUAUAGGCGGACCAAGAGACAUGCGUCGAUGCUACAUGGAUGCUAUUUCUUUGGUACAACAAUUUGGAAAACCUGAUCUAUUCAUAACGAUGACUUGUAACCCAUCUUGGCCCGAGAUAAAAGAGCACUUGCUACCAACUGACGAAGCACAGAACAGACCUGAUUUAAUUAGUCGAGUUUUUAGAGCAAAGAUAGAAGAACUAAAAUCAGAUAUAUUAAAAAGAAAUAUCUUUGAAAAAGUUGCAGCUUUUAUGUAUACUAUAGAAUUUCAAAAACGUGGUUUACCACAUGCUCAUUUCCUUAUUAUACUUACUAAUGAAUACAAACUACUCACUCCAGAAUCUUAUGACAAUAUUGUUCGUGCUGAGUUACCUGAUUGUAAAGCUGAAGAAACCUUAUAUAAACUUGUUCUCCAACAUAUGAUGCAUGGACCUUGUGGUAAGUUAAAUCCUACAAAUUCAUGUAUGCAAAAGAAAAAUGGUUGUUGCAAAUUCAAUUAUCCAAGAAGUUUUGCUGAUCAAACAUCAAAAGGAAAAAAUUCUUACCCAAUUUAUCGAAGACGGAACACAGGACUUGUGAAAGUCAAAGAUCACUAUUUCGAUAACUUAUGGGUUGUCCCUUAUAAUCCAUUCUUACUUGAAAAAUUCAAUUGUCACAUAAAUAUUGAAAUUUGUUCAGAUAUUAAAGCUGUUAAAUAUAUUUAUAAAUACAUCUGCAAAGGACAUGAUAAAAUUGCAUUUCACAUACAUGACAAUGACGCAAAUGUUGAAGUAGAUGAAAUAAAAGAAUAUCAGUCUGCUCGAUGA